AUGAAUUAAGCAUCAGAUAGAAGAAGUGAAGCUUCAGAUUAAUACGCUGUUGCUUCAGCCAAAAAUAGUUUAUCAAACACAUAAUCAUCUAACUAAAAUAAUAAUGCAAGUUAAAAUAAUGAAAGGAAAAAUGAUUGCAGGGUUUAGGUUGCAGUAAGAGUAAGACCUUUUAUAAAUAAAGAGCUAGUUGAUUGUGAAAGCUCUUGUGUUAAAACACAAUCUAAUAAAAUUAUAAUAGGUGGAGAUAAGGAUUUUGAGUUUGAUAAAGUUAUAGACUAAGAAGCGUCUUAGGAAGAGGUAUAUCAAUGGUGUGUCAAAGAUUUGCUCAAUAAAUCUUUUGAGGGUUAUAACGCCACGGUAUUAGCUUAUGGAUAAACUGGAUCAGGUAAAACUUUUACAAUGGGAACAUCAAAUACUAGCCUAAACGAUGCAUAAGAAAUGGGUAUAAUUCCAAGAGUAAUUAGAGAAAUAUUUAGCAUUAGAAGGGAGAAAGAAAAAUCUGUAGAAAUGCUUUUAAAAAUUAGCUAUUUUGAGAUAUAUAAUGAUAAUAUUAUUGAUUUGCUUGAUCCUAAUGCUAUAUCUGGUACUAAUAAUGCUGCUGCAUCAAAAAAGGGAAAGUCAAAUGCAAAUGCAAAUAAUAUAUUUAUUAGGGAAGAGCUUGAUGGUAGCAUUAAUUUAUAUGGAAUAACCGAAGAGAAGGUAAAUUCUCCUGAAGAAAUGCUUGCAGCAUUAGAAAGGGGAGGUUUAUGCAGGUCUACUAGUGCUACUCUCAUGAAUUAAACAAGCUCUAGAUCUCAUGCGGUUUUUACAAUAUUUUUAGAAUAGCAUUGUAUCGAUGAUUUAUAUCAAAAUUAAGAUUAAAAUGCUAUGAUUCCUGAAGAUGCAGAUGGGUAAAAAACAGUAGAGAACAUUAUUAAUGAGGGAUUUAAAACAAGUAAGUUUCAUUUUGUUGAUUUAGCAGGAAGUGAACGUAUAAAGAAAACAGGUGCUGUUGGUAAUACUAUGAAGGAAGGAAUAAACAUUAAUAUGGGUCUUCUUUCUCUUGGUAAUGUUAUAUCAGCUCUCACAGAACCAUAAAAGCCUGGAGCUGCAAAAAAGCAUAUUCCUUAUAGAGAUUCAAAGCUAACUCGUAUCCUUUAAGAUAGUUUAGGUGGAAAUAGUAAUACACUUAUGAUUGCUUGUGUAAGUCCUGCAGAAAGCAACUUUGAAGAGAGUCUUAACACUUUGAAGUAUGCCAGUAGGGCAAGAAGAAUAAAAAAUAAACCAAUUGUAAAUAGGGAUCCACAAAGUGCUUUAAUAAGCUCCCUUAAAUAGCAAAUAUAAGAGGCUCAUUUGGAAAUAGCAAAGUAUAGAUAAUUGCUAGUUACAAAUAAUGUAAAAAUACCAGAUGGCAUGAUGGGUUUUGGAUUAAAUGCAUUACAAAAUGUUGAAGAUGGUGGCCAAAAAAGAAAAUUGACAUAGGACCUCAUGAUGCUAAAACAAAAUAAUAAUGUUGGGGGAGCAAUUCUUUCAAUAGGGAUCGGUAAUGAAGCUGAUAUAGAAGAAAUAAAGCAAUUGCGUUUAAAUUAAGUAAAGUUAGAGAAAAAAGUAAAAGAGCUGUAAGCUGAAAAUAGCCAAUUGAAAUCGCAUACUUAAAAAGGAGAGAUAGAGGUUUAUACAAUUUAAAAGCAAAAGGAUGAAUAUAGAUUAAAAUUAGAAAAAAUCUUACAAAUAGCAAAAGAAAAAGGGUUAUUACAUUAAGCAAGUUCAAAUAGUAUGGAUGUUGAAGGAGAGGAUCAAAAAUAGCAUAUUUUUAUUAAUCAAAAUGGUGAACUUGAGUUGGGCUAAGAGUAGCAAAACUUAUUCGAUGAGUAUAAUGAAAACAUACAAAAGCUAAAAAAAGACCUUUUAAAAAAAGAUCAAGAAAAAGGAGAGAUGCAAUUUGAAUUUGAAGAGUCGAUGAGAGCUUCAAUUAGAGAUUAAUAAAUAUUGUGUGAAAAAGAAAAAAAGAUAAUUACCUUGAAUAGAAACUUGAAAACAAAAGAGAAUGAAAUUAAAAAGCUUAUGAAAGAGUUGCAAAACUUAAAAAAAGAAAAUGCAGAUUUAUUAAAAAAUGCAAAUGUAAAGUUAACAGCAGCAGAUAUGGAAAAUAUUCAAGAUACUAGUAUAAUGUAAGAAGAGCAAGAAGAAGAGUUUAAUGAUGAAGGAGAAGGUUUGGAUUAAAUAUCUAUGGAUCCUGAGUAUGUUUAAAUGGAAAGUUAGUUAAAAUUAGAAGAAAACUAAAAUAAGCUAAAGCUCUCAAAAGUUGAUGGAUCUAUUUAAGAAAAAAGCGAAGAUCUACGCAGAUUAAACUAAAAUUAAUUAGAGCUCUAAAAGUAGCUUCUAGAGAAAAUGAAAGAACAAUACCAUUAAAAAAUUAUUCAUCUUGAAACUGACAUGAAAAAAAUAGAAAAUUAAAGAGAUGAGGCUCUUUAAAAGUUAUCUAAUAAUAACUCUAAGGAAGCUAUUGCUGAGAAAUAAAGAGUUAUUGAAAAUUUCAAGUAAAAAGUAGUAGACAUGCAAUCUAAUCUCAAUGAAUACAAAAGAAAAGCAAAGGAGUAGGAGACACUCUAAAAAACUGUGUAGGCUUAAGAAAGACAAAUACAAUAACUUGGAGUAGAAAUAAAUAAAUUUAAGCAAUUAAAGACUAACCUUUAUAAAGAACUUAAAAAGAAUAAUGAAGAAUUUGAAAAAUUCAAACAGAAAAAAUAUAAGGAUUUAAUGGAUGAAAAAAAAAAGAAUAUUGAAAAGGAAAAGCAAAUAUUUAAGUUAUAAAAUUAGACAAAAAAGUAAGAGCGUCUUUUACAGAAGAAGUAAGAAGAAUACAAUAAAAUGAUUAGGUCACGAGAUUUAAUUAAGAAAAUUAUCUCUUCAAAGAGCACUAAUUAGCUUAGAGGAAAAAUUGCUUCUCAGCGUUAUAAGCGUAAAUAGAAAACAGAAUUACAAUUUGGUAUGUCUGAAGACCAAAAUGUAACUUUAAAUACGAGCAUAAACGCUUUUACAAACUAGUCAUUUGCAGAAAGUAGCUCUGAUGACCUUGAAGAAAUUCUUGAUAAGUGUCUAUGCAAAUUAAUAGAAUCAAUAGAAAUAGAAAUGAAUAUUGAAAAAGUAGAGGAGGAGUUAAAAACAACUUCACAAGAGCAAGAAGAAGCUUAAUAAAAGUAUAUUGAGUUUAAGCUAAAUCUUGAAAAAAAAGAGAAAGCAAUUAAUGAAAAAUAAGCUGGCAAUAAAAAUAAAGAUGAGAGUUUAUUUGGUGAUGAUAUGAUUGAGUAACAACAGCAUUAAAUAGAUUAGUAGAAAAUGGAAUUAGAAGAGAUUUAGAGCAGACUUGAUAGUUUAGAAGCCAAAUACGAAUUUACAAAGGAGAAGCUAAACAAACUAAUCAACGAUAAGCGUUCAAGCAGUUUUGAAACUUUGUAAAAUGAACUUCUAACAUCACAGAAAUAUAACAAUAUCCAAACUCAAAAAAUUCUUUUUAAAUAUUUAAUUGAAAAAUUUGGAUCGAGCAGUAAUGAGAUACUUCGCAACCAGGAUAAAAUAGAAAACCUCAAGCUUUAAAUAGCAGAUUUAUAGUAAUAUGUUAAGAUGCUAUAAAAUCAAAAAGACAUAUGCUAAAUUUAGCUAUAAUAACAAAUUGAUAGUUUACAGAAUUAGCUAUAAGCAGCACAGACGCUUUAGUCUCAGUCUUAGCCUUGUCCUUCAGAUUCUGAUUCUGAAAUUAACUAAACCUAAGAUGAACAGAGCUUUGGGUAUAUGUAAGUAAAUUAGAUAGGAGAUGAUGGAAACCGCAGAUUUAAUAAAAAUAAAGGGUCUCCUCCAAAAUAGAUAUCUAGUAAUAGAUAUAAAAUGAUGAGACAGCAAUAUUAAGCAGAGUAAUCUCCAUUUAAAAAAGACAAUAAAAACCAAGAAGAUACGGUUAAACUUUAAUAGAAGUAAAUUAAUGAUCUAACCAGGUAACUCAAGCAACAUGAAUUAAGAGUAAAAACAUUACAAAAUAGGAAUGAUACUUUACAGUAAAAGUAUGAUGAUCUUAAGAAAGCUAACUGCAAGGAUAAGUUUAUUGGCAUAAAUAAGUAAUAUAUAGAAGAAGAAUAAAGCAGCUAGCAAUAGUAAAUUCAAGCAGUUGGUGUUGUCACAAAUCACACUUCUUAGACGUAGAAUGCAACAUAAAUUUAAGCUUAAAACUAACAACCAAACUUGAAUUUACCUGGAUUAUAGCAAAAUUAGAGCAUAAAUAAAAACAUUAAGGAAAUAGCAAGCAUAUAGUCUUUGAAAGAUAGAAGAAAGGAAAUAAAAGGGAAAGUUAAUACAAAUGAAGGAACCCCAUAAAAUAAUAACAAUAAUAGUACGAGCACUCCCGUACAAAAUACACCAUAAUCAUAGCAUAUAAAUUCUCUGUAAAAUUUGUCAGCCUAAUCAAACUAAUAGGAAUAGCAUUCAUUUAGCGAAAACAGAGAAGACAGAAACAUACAAUUUUAAAUACUUGAUAAAGUUACAAAUAAUGAUACUCAUAUUAGUUUAUUUGCUAGCAAAACCAAAGCUCAUUCUCUAGCUUAGAAGAGAAAUAUAAUUCAAGAAGCUCGCCUAUAACAAAAUUCUUUAGCUUAGCAACAGCAACAAUAGUAGCAGUAAGCAUUAUAGCAAUUGCAAAUUUUAAAUACAAAUGGUUCUUCAGAUUUUGGAGUAAGAGGAAGACUUUCCUAAGGAAAUCCAUCAAGACAAGAAACUUAGAUGCCUAAUUUCAAUAAUUUAACUCUAGAAAUAGAAUAAUAAUAAUAAUAAUAAUAAAAUAAAAAUAUAGAUACCAUUUUGAAUACCUCAAGUGACAAUACAAGUUCCUAUCACAAUUCUUUAGGAUUCAGCUUAGGCAGUCCUCUUAAAGUUCCAGAAUAAGCAAACACAAACAAUGUUUCUUUAGCAGAGUCAGAAGAUUUAACAUCGUUACAUUAGUAAUAAGCUUCAUAUAAUAAUAACAAUAUUAAUAAAAUAGUAAAUGAAAUGAAUCAACAAGGUCAAGCAACAAACAAUAUUUUCAACAAUUCAGGUUAGAUCUUUUCUUUUGCAAACGACUUAAGCACUUCAUUAAAUUAAGCUAACCAGAUAAAUAGCUAAAAUAAUUUCAAUAAUAGCCUGUCAUUACAAGGCUAAAAUGGAAGUGGAUUAAGAAAUUCAGUUGAAAGCAAUAAUGGAUUAGCUUCUCCUGGCGAUGAAACUCCGUUUUCUUGUAAAUAUGAGUGUUUAGCAAAAAUCAAUGAUGCUCAUACAGGUUAAGUAUUUUGUGUAGAAAGUCAUGAAAACUUUUUAUUUUCAACCUCUGUAAAAUCCCUUAAAAUAUGGGACUUAGAAACACUAAAAUGUGUAAGUGACAUACAAGCCCAUAACCAUUUUGUGAAAGGUUUGGCAAUUUUAGAAUAAGAAAAAUGGAUUGCUACUGCUUGUGAUAAAUAUAUCAAUAUAUGGGAUAUGAUAAGUAUGUAAAAAGUAUGUACUCUAACUGGACACAAUGUAGAUAUCAAGCAACUUUAUGUAGAUUAAAACCAUAUUUUGUAUUCUGCAGGUAAAGGCUUAAAUAAUUUUGGUGCACUUGUAACUUGGGAUAUCAGAAAAUAGUAAGUUAUAGAUGAAAGAGAAAAGAAUCAAGAUAUAUUUUCAGUUCUACCCUACAAUAAUAUAAUCUAUUAUGCAAGCAGAGAUCACUAUGUUAGAAGAAUCAACAUGGAAACAAAUUAAUCCAUAGAUCCAUUUAAGCCUCCUCAUUACGAUGCAGUUACUUCUUUGGCCAUACUGAAUGGUUAUCUUGUAAGUGGGUCUAAGGACCAUAAUUUAAAACUAUGGAAUACAAAUCCUUCAAAUAUUAGCUUUAAGUAAUAGACACACUACUCAAACGAAUAAGUUAUCUGUUUAGAGUCAAACAAAGAUAAUAACCUAUUAUACGUUGGUCAAAAAGAUGGUAAAAUAAAGGUUGUGACAACUUAAAACAAUAGGUUUAGAGAUAUUAGUGAUAUUAACAAUGGACUACAGUCAGUAAAUUGCAUAACAAAAGUAUAAAGUACAAGUGCUGAAAAUGUUUUUGCUUGUGGAAGUGCUGAUAAAGUAAUAAAAAUUUGGAAACCUACAUCUGAGUCAUAAUACAACUUAGCUCAGCUCAAAAAUAUGUGUAGCAAUGAAUUAUUGAAUGCAAAUAAUUAACUGACUCCUUUUUAGACAUUCUAGAGUGAAUCAGCAAAUGAUAUUAUAGAGUCUGAAUGA